AUGUUGGAGUAUUAUAAUAUAUUUAAAUUAAAUACAAGUUUAGAAGGCUUAACUGAACAUUCCAGAGAUUACAUACGACGACAGGCUCUUCAAGGGCUUUCAAAACGUGAAUUAGCGAUCAUACGAUGGAUGGAGUUGUUGAACGGUAAACCAGAGCCUCAUCCCGAUAUUGAUGAUUAUUUUGUAGAUAAAACAAAGAGUCGAGAGGCAAUCGUAGCUGAAAUAACCAAUUUAAGAAAUACCACUCCUGAAUCUCCUCAUGUGUUACUCGCUGGACCAUAUUAUAGUCCAACUGAGAAAAUUGAUUUUAGAAAGGAAGCUGUUCCAGAAGAUACAUUACCAAGACUUAAGAGUUUAUAUUUUGAUUUUUCAAAAGCACGGAGGGAUAACAAAAAAGUUUGUCUUUUACAUUUUCAUGGAGGAUGUUAUAUUUUAGGAUCUGCACUUGCGUGUCAUAUUCAUGAGUUGAUGUGUGCCAAGCAUGGAUAUAAUUUAUUGGGCGUUGAAUAUACCAUGUAUCCAUUUCGCCCUAUUGAAGAUGCUGUAGAGGAAGCUUUUGACGCUUUUAAAUGGUUAGUGAAUGAUAAGCACGUGGAGGAAAUUUACAUGAUAGGAGAGUCUGCUGGCGCUAAUUUGGCUCUCCUUUUGGCAGAAAAGAUUUCACAACUUGAUACGAAAGACGAAACAAAUGUGACCUAUCGUACAGCUUUGAAAGGAGCCAUAUUGUUGUGCCCAUGGAUGAACUUAUCAAUGAGAGAAACAGAAGGAAUUAACGAUAUUGAUCACCAAGAUAGAUCUUUAACAAACACUAUGAUAAGAAUGUGGAAGAACAAUGGAGUACCAUGUGGGUUCAAUCAACGGGAAAGAGCCAAAGCUCUAUCACCUUGUUUUUGGUCGCUUGAAAAGAUACAAGCUUUGAAAGAGGUGCUCCCUAAAGGAAUCUUCAUUUCAUACAGCGAGAGAGAACGGUUUGCCGAUGAAAUUGAAUUGUUUAUUGACAAACUGAAAAAUUGUGACUUGUCUUUUACGACGCAAGUAGAAAAGAUUCCUUUUCAUGCUUUCCACAUGAUGCGUGACUUGCUACCAGAUCAUUACAAGAGAGCAGAGAAUGGCAUGGUCAAUCUCAUCGAACACUAA